AUGGAAACAGAUGAAGAUAUCACGCGUAUGUUACAUACGAAGACGUUGAGCCUAGAAAGUGACGAUUGCAAAGAGGAUAUGGCUGGCUCUGAAAAGUGCAAUUCAGCGAACAUUCGCAAUAGAAAUUAUGCUAAAGAAUGCGAAGCGGCUAUCAAUCGUCAGAUCAAUAUGGAACUGGAAGCAUCCUAUGCGUAUUUGGCGUUUGCCACCUAUUUCGACCAGGACAAUGUCUCACUACCGCACACGGCUGAGUUCUUUCGGAAACAGUCCCACGAGGAGCGGGAACACGCGGAAAAAUUGGCGAAAUAUCAGAAUCAACGAGGCGGUCGUGUAGUCUAUCAGGAUUUGCAUAAACCAGCCAAAACCACAUUUGAAAGUAUACAGGAUGCGAUGGAAACAGCUCUGGGGUUGGAGAAAGCGGUGAAUGAGUCCCUAUUGAAAAUACACGCGUUGGCUGCACAACACGAAGAUCCUGCUACACAAGAUUUCCUGGAAGCGGAAUUCCUGAAAGAACAAGUCGAGUCCAUCAGCAAAUUUGCGCAUUACGUCACACAAACCAAACGAACCGGGAAUGGACUCGGUGAAUAUUUGUUUGACAAGAUGACCUUGGAUGACUGA